AUAUGACUUUUUUGUGUAUAUAUGUCUCUGCAAAUACUAAGUUCUCGACACAAUACAAAGUAAAGGAAUUUUACUCAACCAGUUACUUGAAAACAAGCACAGCGACGUAAACUUUUUAAUUAUAGUUUUAAAAGUAUCUCAUGACGUUUAACUUUCAGUUUGUUAAAGGAUUAAAAAUUCUAUUGUAAAGGGUAUCGUUUUAGCUCGAAAAUAAAUUGAUCAGGUGAUUGAACUGCAAGUUAUUGAAAAACUAAUUAUCUCCCGUUACCGCAUGACGGCAGCACAAUAGAAUAACUGCAGACGCAUUUUGUUGCAACCUGAUAUCUGUUAUUGGUGUGGAAAAGCUUUUAAAAUGAAAAGAUUCAAUAGAAUUCGGCUAAAAUUUUAGCACAGAAGGAAACUGGUUUUAAUUUAAAACAGAAUGGUUAUUGUGUUAACCCAUGAGAUAGUCUCAGCAGUUCUGUUUUAUCACAAUCCACAAAAAUUCUUGACGUGCAACAGCCUCAGAAACUUUGAGAAAGAAAGAAAGAUAAAGGAGUUGUUACAGAAGUUAGAACAAUCUGCAGAUGUUGCUGAUUGGUUUACUUUAAUAGAAGAUGCAAUCAAAGUUCAAACAGCCAAACCGAUUUGUUGUGUGGUAUACAUAGCUGAAACAGAAACUGGACAACUUCAGGAUGUCAGAAAAAAUCCAAUUCCAAACCAAGGAGUAUGCUGGGAAGCCUACAAAACCAGACAAACAAAACCUUUCAAACUGCUGGCUCAAAAUGAUCCAAUUACAACCAUAGGAAAACAGAAAUGUACAUUUGACCCUAAAUAUGUGUAUUGUCAGCCUAUUACAGAUGAAAAUCAAGUUGUAUCAGUUUUGGCUAUAUUAACUUCAUCAAAACAAGACUUCAAACCUGAAUGUUUAAAACCAAUAUCUGAAAAGCUUGUGGGGUGCUACAGAAGGUUGUGUAAAUGUCACACCAGGUCACUGGAACAGAAUUCUACAUCUAGUCCACCAGUUCAACUACAAACCAGUGUAUUAAAGGAAGCUAUUAUACAACUCUGUGGUGAAUUAUAUGACCAAGAUGCAGCAGAUUUACAGAUUAAAGUUCUCAAAUUUCUUGAAGACCACACAAAGGCAGAAUGUGCAUUUUUGUUGCUUGUUGUUCCAGAAACUCAUGAAUUAUUUUGCCAAGUCAUCCGGGGAAAGAUACUUGAAGAAGAACUACGAUUUCCGGGCCACUCUAGUAGUUUUGCUCUUGCCUUGGACAGGAAAUUACCAUUAACAUUAGAAGAUAUACCUGUAGACAAAAGACCAGGAAUUGAGGGGUUUAUAGGAUGUAAGCUGCAGUCGAUGUUAUGUGUUCCUGUGUCAAGUAAAGCCAAUGAUAAACUUAUAGCUUUAGCUUGUCUCGUCAAUAAAAAAGAUAAAGAAAGCUUUAACAAUGAUGAUAUUCAUAUUAUAAAAGAGUGUUUCCAGUAUACAUCUACAGUUUUAACCAGCACUUUAGCAUUCCAAAAUGAAAGAAAGCUCAAAAUCCAAACUCAGGCCAUGCUUCAAGUAGCAAGAAACCUAUUCACACAUUUAGAUGACUUAACCAAACUUCUGAGAGAAAUUAUGCAAGAAGCUAGAAAUUUGACACAAGCGGAAAGGUGUUCAGUAUUUUUGAUUGACCAAGAAGUAGAUGAGCUUGUGGCCAAAGUAUUUGAUGGAAUUUUAGCAAACGACAACGAGGUUCAAAAUGAAAUCCGAAUGCCAAUAACUCAGGGAAUAGCAGGCCAUGUAGCUACUACUGGUAAUCUACUCAAUAUUAAAGAUGCUUAUGCACAUCCAAUGUUUUACAGAGGAAUAGAUGACUCAACUGGUUUCCGUACAAGGAACAUCCUGUGCUUCCCAAUUAAAAACGAAACUGAUAAUGUGUUAGGAGUAGCUCAGCUUUGUAAUAAAAUGAAUGGUCCAUAUUUUACCACCUUUGAUGAGGAUGUUGCUUCGGCAUUUGCUGUUUACUGUUGUAUUAGUAUAAGUCAUUCUCUUAUGUACCAGAAGUUACAACGAUCACAGCACAGGAAUAAAUUAGCAAAUGAAUUAAUGAUCUAUCAUAUGCAGGUGGCAAGUGAUGAAGUUCAGGAAUUAGCACAAAGUGAAAUUCCACCUCCAUCUCACUGGCAUCCUAAUUUCAGCAAAUUUAAUUAUCCACCAAGAGAAGUUCCAGAAGAUGACACGCCAUUAUGCUGUUUAAGUAUGUUUGAAGAUUUAGGAUUUAUAUCAAGAUGGAGAAUAAAGCGAGAUACACUUGCAAGAUUUAUAUUGAUGGUAAAAAAAGGAUACAGAAACCCACCAUAUCAUAAUUGGAUGCAUGCCUUUGCAGUAGCACAUUUCUGUUAUCUGUGUAUAAAGAAUUUUAAGUUGAAUGAAUGUAUGGAAGAUAUAGAAUUGUUUGCAUUGUUUGUAUCCUGCCUUUGCCAUGAUAUUGAUCACAGAGGGACAAAUAAUUCAUAUCAAGUUGCUUCUAAAUCAGUACUGGCAGCUCUAUACAGUUCAGAAGGUGCUGUGUUAGAGAGACAUCAUUUUGCUCAAACUAUGUGUAUAGUAAAUACUGAAGGAUGCAAUAUAUAUGAAAAUUUAAUAAGCAAGGAUUAUCAACAUGUUUUAGACUUGAUGAGAGAUAUUAUUUUAGCAACUGAUUUGGCUCAUCAUUUAAAGAUUCUAAAGAAUAUUGAAGCUAUGGCAAAAGAUAAAUUUGAAAAAUCCAAUCUUAAGCAUAGAAAACUAUUGUUAUGUUUAAUAAUGACUGCAUCAGAUCUCUCUGACCAAACAAAGCCAUGGGAUUCAACGAAACAUAUCGCUGCUUUAAUCUACAAUGAAUUUUUCUCUCAAGGAGAUUUAGAGAAAUCAUUAGGUAGAACACCUCCUGAGAUGAUGGAUAGGGAAAAGGCUAGGAUACCAGAUUUACAAAUUGGUUUUCUAGAUCAUAUAGCAUUGCCUGUUUAUAGAGUAUUACAAGAUUUAUUUGUGGAAGCUAAAGUUGUACAUAAUACUGUCAAAGAAAAUCAUAGACACUGGGAGAAAAUAUGUGCUCUGAUCAAGUUACGGCGAGGUGGUAGCUGUGAACAGAUGAGUUAUGAUCAGAUUUUAGCUUUAGAAGAGGAAGCAAAUAGUCUACCAGAAGAUGAAGUUAAAAGUGUACAACAAAAUGGUCACUGAUGAUAAAAACAUGUUGUAUGGGUAAUUUAUUGUAGAUGCUCAAGUCAUCUAGGGUAAGGUUCAGUUGUACUGAUAUUAACAUGCAAGAUAUUGUUAUUAAGAUGAGAUUUUGUAAUAUGAAUAGUAAAUAAAUGGCUAGUAACAGCUGGUAGAAAAUACUGAUUGUUAAAUAAUAUUCAUUUUGAGAUAGGAAAAUAACAAUACUUUCAACAUAUAAUACUUUUAUUGAUAUUUAUAUUUUUACAUAUGACAGGAAAAAAACCUUUAACCAUAGACAUAUGCAGAUGGCAUUUUAAUAAUUCUUGAUACACUUUUAUUAUUUAAAAUAGAAAUAACAUUUUGAAAUAUAAUUUACACUGGACUAUAAUUUCUUAGUUUCCUACAUCAAAGUUUCCUGUAAAUUAUUGUAUUCAAUGACUUUAUAAUGUUAUAGAUAUUAGUACUCAGUUAUAUAUUUGUGAACAUUUUUUACUGGAUUAAAUGGGGGGAGGUCACUAGUUUUCCCCUUUUCUCUGUAUUCCCAUUUCAUUCCCCUUUCUCUCUCUCUUGCUUUCUUCAAUCACUCCAAAACUUUUAAAAAUAUAUGCCAAAGUACUAUUAUGAAUAUGAAAAUAAUUUGUUCAAUAUUAUCUGGUUUUCACUAGAAAUGUUUGAAAAAUUUAUUACAUAAAUUCUUUUUGUGAGUCUUUGGCUGUAUCUUCUGAAACAUUUAUAGAAAAAGAAUGAAAAAAACAUAAAUUGGAUAAUAUGAAACAUCUACAGAAAAAGGAUUAAAAUCAUAAAUUAGAUAUCACUAAUUUUACUAAAUAACAUCUUCAACUUUUCAUGGUCAGUUUAUUUUAAAUGUGAACUGGUUACUAAGACCUUUAUCAGAUAAUGGUUUGAAACUAGAUUUAUGAACAUGUUUCAUGAAAAGGGGAGGUGUAAGAGAAUUGUGAUGUAUUACAUACUGCAACCAUGCUUUUUAUGCAUUGCAUUUUAUCAAUUAAGUAUGCUUUUAAUUCUAUCUAUGAUGUUAUGAAUGAGUAUAGAAUUGUGAAAUUAUCACAUUGUUCAUUUACUUCUAAAGAUCAAUUUGAAUGGCAGAAAUAGUGUUGAAAAGUGGCAUAUCUUUACUUACUGUAUUGUUAUGUUAGUGUUUUGUGUGUUAUGAUAUAAGUUUACUAUGUGUUAUGGAUGCAUUUGUUGAUUUUAUUUUAAAUUUUAUGAAUUAAUCUUAGUUUAUUUAUAUAUUUACAUUAUUACCCUUUAUACAUUUGAAAACCAUUCGUUUUGUGUUUAUUUCACAGAACAAAAUCUUUCUUUUCUUCAAGAAUUAAACCAUUUAUAUACGCCCGUUUACGGGACGUAUUAUGGUAUACCGUUGUCUGUCUGUCCGUCCGUUUGUCCGUCCGUCGUCAACAUGUCGGACAUUAACUCAAAAAUGCUUAAACCAAUUUGCAUAAAACUUUGGUGAAUUGUUUAUAUCUAUUGACGUGAGCUCCCUUUCGUUAUAUAUAAAAUUUAGAUUUUACGUUUCCGAGUUAUGGGGUUUUAUUCAUUAAAAAAAGGGGGAUUUUCCAGUUUUCGGACAAUAAGUCAAGAAUGCUUUUACCAACUUGCAAGAAAUUGUGGUGAAUUGUUUAUAUCUAUUGACAUGAGCUCCCUUUCAAUUUUUAUAAAUUUAAGGUUUUACGUUUCCGAGUUACAGGGUUUUAUUCAUAAAAAAAGGGGGGAUUUUCCAGUUUUCGGACAAAAACUCAAAAAUGCUUUUAGCAAUUCUUAUGAAACUUUGGUGAAUUGUUUGUAUGUAUUGAUGUAAGCUCCCUUCAGAAUUUUAUAAAUUUUACAUUUUACGUUUCUGAGUUAUGGGGUUUUAUUCAUUAAAAAAAGGGGUGAUUUUCCAGUUUUCGGACAAUAACUCAAAAAUGCUGUCACCAAUUCUCAUGAAACUUUGGUGAAUUGUUUAUAUCUUUGAUGUAAGCUCCCUUUUAUUUUCAUAAAUUUCUAAUAUGACAUUGAGAGUUAAUUGAACUUUAUUUGUUUAUAGUCUGACAACAGAUUUACCAAGUAUUGCACAACAGCAAGAAAUCUUUAAUUGAAUAUACAUUCAAUUCAUAUAACCAAUUUCAAGAUCUUUGACUACAUUUAUUCAGAAACCUAUAAUAUGUCAAAUAUUUAAUUACAAUCCAAAUUCAGACCUGAAUCAAGCUUGAAUAUUGUGUCCAUUUUUGCCCCAACUGUUCAGGGUUGGACCUCUGCGGGCGUAUCUAACUGCGCUCAGCGAAGCAGUUUAUUACUAGGGGGAGGGGUAGUAAUGUCAUUUUAUUGUUUUUCAAUUAUAACUGAAACACUUAUUUUGUAUUGAUAUUAAAUCAGUUGUAUGAUUUCAAUUUAGUGAUACAUUUCAGUAUAAAAAAUCUCGGUGAUUUCACUGAUAUACUGUGAAAAGAUGCUUCUUAGUUUUUUUAUGCAAUCUUUUCAAGAUUCACAGCUAUUUAUGCAUAAAUUGUCAUGUUUGUAAAAUAUGGAGUAUUUUACAUUCAUUUAUCUUGGUUCAAAAAAUUAAAUUUGAUUUGAUGCAAUUUAAACUAGACUUUAAUUAAUAUCCAGUUGGAUGAAAUGUUAAAUAUCUUUUAUUGCUCAUUGUUAAAAUUCUGCCAUAAAAAAUAAUAUGCAAGUUUAUUUUCUUUUCAUUAACUAAACGAUAUUGAUACAGAAAAGAAGAAAUGAUAUACAGUAAAUGAUUGACUCAAAUUCUUCCAUCUCUUAUAGCUUAUAACAGUAAAACAUCGCUGGUUUCAUGGUAGUAUUUUUUCCUUAGUUUGACUUAAAAAAUUGGUAUUUACUGCUUCUGUGUAAAGCACUCAGCAUUUAGGAGUAAGAACAAAGAGCAAACAAGGAAAGACAAUUGUUUCAUUCAGUCAUUUCUACUCAUUUUAAUUUUUCUCAAAAACUACAUAAAUUGGAAUAGAAAAGCUUCAAAUUUUUAUCUAGAUCUAGUUAUAUUUUAUUUCACAUAUAAUUUUUCAGAUGGUGUCAUCUUUUUUAUUGGUAGUAGUGUUAAGUAUUUAGUUGUAAACGUUUUAGUUACAUAUACACAGUAUGCAGUUAUAGCUCACUUUGCUCAUAGAUAUUUAUAGUUAUAUAUAUGCAGUAAAAUUUUUAUCGAAUUGCUAGCAACUGAUUUAUUCUUUACUUUAGUUCAACCAGAUUCUGAAAACCCAACCUUGAUAAAUGUUCAUACAUUAUGCAAUCAUUACAUAAGCUGAUACGGAGCGUAGAUAACAAAUCUUUGUUUUAUAUACCAAGGUGAAUCAAGUGUGUGCGUGUCAAAUCCCUGUAAGUAAAAUGUGGAAAACCUGUUAAGUGCAUGACAUUUGUGAUAUUAUGACAAACAUGCGACAAAAUUUAUUAUAAAAAAUACUGUAAUUUAUUUAUGACAUAAUAUUAAUUAUACUUGUGAUAUUUCAUACAAAUAAAAAUGUACAAAGUGCAUGAUUUUUUAUAUACACUACAGUUAAAUGUCACUGCAGUUCUCUCUGCUCUUAAUGAAAUAAAUAUAAGCAUCUGACAGAUCGCUAUUGUUAUCAUUUUCAGUUAAUGUUAGGUUAGUUUUCUUUUCAUUAUCUUCAUUAAAUAUGAAGUUUCAUUCCACCUCACAUAAUCAACCCUUAUGCUGGAAUUAUCUUUUCAAACCAUUUCUUUCCCGAAGAAAUAUUAUUUAACUGAAAACUAAAAACACAUUUUAACAGAAAAAUUGUUGGUUUUUGUCUAAGAUAUAUUGUAAUAUAAGUUAUACUGUUCAUCAUAUUAGUGCAAACUAGUUUUUUCAAGCAUACAUCUUUAAUGUAGAAUUUCAGAGUUUCAUGCAAUACAAAUUUGAUGCAUGCAGACUUUUGAAAUUGUUUGUUCUUUUAGAUCCAUUUUGUUUUAUAGUUCUCCAUGUGUUUAUUCUUCUUUGCUCCUCAAACUUUUCACUUUGAGUGAUAAAGCUAAAUUAAGAGAACGCAACACACGCUAUAUAUUUUACUUUGUUGAAGCAUGAUAAUUCUUAUUUUAUUUCUCUGUUUUCAUAAAUAGUUUUCACAUGAAAUACUCUUUUUAAUUUAUGAUGUAUUUAAUUAAUUUCUUUGUUCAUUUUAUUUUAGAAAAAACAGGAUGAAACCAUGUCAUUACCUCAUUUUUAUUUUGUAUUUAUUUUUCAAGUUUUAGUAUUAAUUUAAACCUUUUACACAUAUUGAAAUAAAUGUUUGGAUAUAAGUUACCAUGUUGACAUAGAAACAGAUUACAUCUUCAUUAAUUUCUUAACCAACAACAAAGACAGUUUUUAUUUAUGAAUAGGUGAGAACGGCAUGAAUUAUUUACAUAUUAUUGACAUUUAAAAAAAGACUACCUGAAUCUUAAAGAUGGUAAACUUUUGGUUCCUUAAGCCACAAAUUAAUAAAUAAAUAUUUGAGUGACUUCAGACCGAUGAUAAUUAACAAACCCAAGUCAACUAGAAGAUUUAUAUCUGUUUAGUAUGACAAUAUUUUGUCUUAUGUUUUUUUCUAUCUCAUUUUGUGAUUGUAUUAUUUUAAAGCAUUUUACCUCUUGAAUAAGAGAGACAAUCAUAUUUAUGUACCUGUUUCAUUGUCCUUUUUAAGCUACAAUAUAUGUAUUUUAUAGGGUAGAAGAGAUAACAAAUGAUUUAUGUUAGAUCAGAGACAUUGAUUAGUAAAUUACAUCCAAAAGUCCUUAAUUUUGCCUAAUUGACAUAUGUAAUAACAGAUGAUGAAGGAUUUUUUCCAUGAUAGUACAUUUAAAGGAACAACAUAUAACUAAUUUUCAGAACAAAUUUCUUAGUUUUUUUUUUAUGCCAUGGGCAAACAAAAGUUUGUACUAGUUGGAUAACUGUUGAUUUUGUGAUUGUUAAUGUCAGGUUCUCUGGUAAUAAUUUUUUUUUAAAGUUCGAUUUUUGUGAUUUUUGAAAUAUUUGAUGCAGUUCUCGCACUCGCACACAAUCUGAAAAGAUCUACAAAGGUCAGAACAGAAUGUUUUUGUUUACUAGUUGCUAUGUCCUGAUACAUCUGGAAAAACUGUGAAAUAUGCACACUUAAUUGUCAAUAUAUAGCCCAUUGAAAUAUUUUGCAAUUUGUUGUACAUUGUAUACACAUUAUAGUUGUGCAUUUGAAUGUUAAGACAUCUUUUUUGGCAGACUACAUAUUUCUUUCUUUAUCCUUCGUCAUCUAUACCUUAUUUAUACAUGAUCACUUGAGAUUGGCAUUUGAUUUUAAGAUUAUUAUAUUAAAUUGUUUACAGUAAUAUUUUUCAAGUAUAUUCAUGCAUGUAUAUAAAAUUUUCAUUAUCAUAAUUUUAUGCAUUAUACAGUUGGUGGAAUAUAUUUUUCUAUAGUUAUUUAAACAUACUAUUAUACUUAUUUUGAAGGUAAUAUUCAUUUCUGUUCUGUUGGCUAGAACUUUUAAGAUGGAUAUAUUUUGGAGAUCCUUUAAAGGAGUAGAUGUAUAACUUUCAAAUUGAUGCCAUGUUUAAUCCCAUUUAUUUUAACAAUCACAUCAAAACACAGAUACAUUGUUAUGCAUUUGUCAAUAUUAUUGUACAAUCUUUUUAAAAAUCCAGGUAUCUUGUAAAACCAGACAUCAAGAGAUGGUACAAUCUUUGAGUAUACAUGAUAUUUAUGCAUGAAUCUGAAGGAACUUCUGAUAUUAAACUUUUUAUGUUGUCAUUUUGUUCAUUAUUAGAGGAUUGUUUUUUUCAUUUUCAUUGUUAAUAAAAGUUAAAUAUUA